CGGAACUCUGCAUUUUGUGCUUUGUGUUUGCUUUCUUUCUCUCUCUUAUGCCCUUUUCUGUUUCCUUCUUGGGUUUGUAUAUAAACCAAAACCCACCUGCUCAAGAAAGUACCUCUCUGCAUCAUCUCAAGAAAAGAAAUGGAGAUGCUAAUCAUCAUCACUCUUCUUACCUUUUCCUUCUCUUAUCUUCUACCAACACCAACUUGUUCUUCCCAAAUUCACUUGCAACCUUCUUCACUCCAGCUUCAAGAUGAAGAUACGGGAGAAGUCGAUGCAAACCUGCAGCUUUCUCUACCAGCGGUUCCCAGAAAGCUAAGAUUCACUGAGAAAGUUAAAGAAGAUGAAAAAGCCAGAGAUCUUGGACCACACAAGCAGGAUGAUUCCUUUGCUGCAGAGAAACAAUACCAUAGAAAGCAAAACAUGGUGCUUGGCAACAAGGGGACAAGACAAGAAUGGAUGGAGGUUGAUGACCCUUCACAAUACUUUACCAUGGAUUAUACCCGAGUGAGAAGACGACGUCCCAUACACAACAAGAAAUUGCCGGUUGCUCCAUAACCAUGGUGGAGAGAAGAUAUCAACAAAAUCAUAACCAAUUUUCACUCUAGUUGUUUGCUCUUUAAACUUGUACUUAUAUUAGGUUACAAUUUUAUUAUGUGGGUUGAAUAUUUAAGUGUUAGUCUAAAUUUUAUAUGGAGUAUGUAAUUAAGAACAUGUGAAGUGUGUUUUGUGUCUUCACUUUUGCCUUCUUGGGGAGCAAAACCCUAAAACUUGUAUGAAAACUAGGACUUCACCUAACUAAUUAACAAAUACUAUUACUCGAAAUUAAUUAUUA